AUGGAUCCAAACUUGAAGCUCAUCCUAGAUGAGUUCAAGGUGGUGCGCGGCUCCGUCUCGUACUUGCAGACGUCGCUGACCUUGCAGAUCGAGACGGUGGAGACCAAUAUCGGCAAACGCUUCGGCGAUUUGGAGAACUCGUCCAAGGUGCUCAACGAUUGGAAGCCGCGCAUGGAUGCGACGGUCGACGACCUUCGUUUGGAGCUGGGUGCACUUCGCAAAGAUAGUGAAUCGCGUAGUGAUCAAUUCCGGUGCAGCCACAUCGGCGGGCAUCCUCAGCACACCCAGGGUGGCUGCGGCAUCUUCACCCGCCGGCCGCCGGUCACCCGGCCCUCGGCCCAAGCGGACACCGCGGUGAACUAUGCCACCGGGAGUCUGGGUUUCACACUCAACUCCCUGUCAAGAGUACGCUUAUUCCUCCUGUUCCUGUUUUUCAGUGUUCCGCGUCGUUCUCUUUGA